UAGCAGUAAAGAAGCAAGAACUUCACCUGCGGAAAUCUUUUCAAAUCGAUCAUGGCUACUGCAGGUCAAACUGCUGCUCGCAAGAAAGGACAGAUCACGUGCAUGUAUCAUACAGGCAAUAACUUAGAAUUCGUUUGUGAAAAUUGCAGCGAACUCGCCUGUAUGAAAUGUGUUGCUACUCGACAUAGGGCGCAUGCGUUGACCGAACUUGGUGAUAUCGUAAACCAAAAGAAAUCAAAAAUGGUCAAGUUUAUCGACGAACUUGAAAAUAAUAAACUGCAAAACAUUACAGAAAAGAUAGGGGCAAUUGAACAGCAAAUAGAGAAUACUUCGGAGUACUUUGAUAAGCUAGGAACAACAGUUCAAGAACAUGGGGAGGAACUAAAACAGGAAAUUGACGGUAUGAUCGCCGAAUCUGUGUCACAUUGUCAAAAACGGAGAGAGGAUAACAUCCGGCUACUCACCGACUACAAGCAAUGUCUGAAAGACAGCCACAAAGGACUCGAUAAAGAGAUACACGAAUGCAAGACACAGCUUCAAGAGGCGUCUGAUAUUGAACUAUAUGACGCUGAGCAUGUGUUCGAAAGUUUCCCUCUGGAAUUACCCGAUUACCCAAAUUUGAAUACCACUUCAUUUGAACCACCUUCACACUAUCGCUGUUACCUGGAGCAAGCAUUAGGAACGUUGGUCACAAAUGACCGAUCUGAUGGUCAGACAGAGUCGACAGUACAGCUUCAGCCAUCUACCCAGGCGUCAACAUCGGAACGAUCGAUGUCAAAAGCGAGAACUACCAGAAGAUCGGUCGUGAAGUACAAGCUUCUGCCCCAAACCGUCACUCUUGGUAAACUUUAUACAAAAAGAAUUGGCAAUAGGAUAUGUCCAGUUGACAAUGACGAAAUUUGGAUUUCAUACUGGGACGUUCUCGAGCUGUUGAACAAAAAAGGUACGGUUCGGAGGCAGUUCAAGUUCACCGUGAGAAUCACAGAUAUCAGCAUAUCACCCAGAACAAGGAACAUUUGGGUGUGCUCUGACGCCGAUUCAAGCAUCAUGGAGUGUACACAGUGGGCGCCAAGUGUCAGCUUCUACUGCAAUAGCAAGCCUCUAUGUCUGUGUGUUACCAUAGAGAAUCAUAUCUUGGUGGGGAUGUCAGAAAAAGUGGUCAGAUUCUCACAACAUGGUAAACCGCUCAUGAGCACGAAAACGUCAAAGCCUCGGCAAUCAUUGGUUCGUUUGCCACAGAAAAUAGCAGAAUGUCGGCUGACACAGAACGUUGCUGUGGUUGAAAGGCAGAGCCAUGAAGAGAAUAUAGAAAUGCAAGUUAUUGUCAUUGACAAAAACUUCGAAGAGUUGUUCCGAUUUAAAGGAGACAUGCUGGAAUACCAACCGGAAUCAAAAGCUGAAUUUGAUCCUUGGGAUGUGACCUUUGACAAUGUUGGGAACCUUCUCAUUGCUGACUGUAACAAUCACAGUGUCCUUCUCGUCAGUUCUGUUGGGGAGUUCAUCAGGACGGUGUUCACGGACGAGCGGAAUACCCAGGCAAUCUGUCUGAACAAAAACCAUGUCUUAUGGGCGGUGUUCGGUGACGUAGUCAAACGUCUACAGUACCUUAGUGCGUGAUUUGAACAGGCUAUUCUUCGAUAUGUUGUAAAAUAGACGUUUGAGUUUUACCAAAAUAAAUAAAAAGAAUUUAAAAAAGGCCAGUCCGGAGCCUGAUUGGCAUCUAUACACUGUAGUAUCAUAGAGGACGAUUAGGUUUCGGACAGGUCCUUUUUUUAUUUUAUUUUUAUAUAUGUCAUGACUAAACUCUAGUGCAUGUAAGUGUAAUAAACAAUAAGGACGAAUGUAGAAUCCGAGAUGGAGGCGUUCGGUUAGAAUACUUACAGACACCUCGUGCAGUCUCCAAAUUACAAUAAACACUGAUGAUUUUUGUGGAGUUUAUAAAGUUGAACGUUUUUUAAAUUAAGAUGAUUAAAUUGCUCUUGUGGUUAUAAUUGAAGUGUUUAUAAGAUACGAACAUAUGUAUUAGAAUAAGAUACGAACAUGUGUUUUAAGAACAUUGCAUUUAACAUGCAUUUAAAAUAGGAUAGGUGUUGUGUAUUAGAAAUUGUAAGAGGAUGUGAUCAAAAAUGCAGUUUUGUUUAUCCGGAUGUUUAACAGUUACGAUUGUAUGUAUUAAAAUGAGACACGAAAAUGUGAACCUUAUUUUUGCGAUCUCCAAUUUUCGCAGUUAUCCUGAAUAGGGAUGUUCUCUGAGUGCCAACAUAUUAACCAACAAUAGGCAGGUGUUGUUUAUAAGACAAU